GGCCUGGGCUCGCCUGCGCCCCGCAAAGGCGCGGCCGCCCCGUUGGCGUCGCAGCGCCGCAAGCGCACGUCGUUCAGCCCCGAGCAGCUGCAGCUGCUGGAGCUCGUCUUCCGCAGGACCAUGUACCCCGACAUCCACCUGCGAGAGCGCCUGGCCGCGCUCACGCUGCUCCACGAGUCCAGGAUCCAGGUGUGGUUCCAGAACAGGCGUGCCAAGUCACGGCGUCAGAGUGGGAAAUCCUUCCAACCUUCGGCUAGGCCAGAGCUGUUCCUCAACCACCCUGCUCCUGGAACUGAAGUGAAAAGUUUGAAGCCCCAGCUGCCUCUUGAGUUAGACGUGAAUUUCCUGCCCGAUUGCAACAGGGUUGGAGGGGGCAUCUCUGACUCUAGCUCCCAAGGUCAGAAUUUUGAAACCUGUUCCCCUUUCUCUGAAGACACUGGUUCAAAGCUGGACUCGAGGAAGGAACACAUCUUUUCUGCCUUUGGUAACUUUUGUGGACUCUGGGAGAAUUCAGGAUAAGCUUGGAGGAGCUAUGACUGACAGCCCAGGAAUACUGUCCUUUCUGACUUCCAUGUUAAGGACAUGUCCUGUUAACCUUGAUGAUGGUUUUGCCAGUCAUCUCUCACUGCUGAAGGUUCCCCCCCCUCUCCAAUAAGCCUUUGCUCAUGGCCUGUUCUUUCUUUAUAGCACACUCCCCAGGAGUUCUGGCAUUCAUUUUACAUGUGUGUCUCCAAGCCUGCAAAUUCCAUUUGGUCCACAUCCCUGGCCUUCUUGCUAGGUCUAUUCCUAUUUUUUGAACUGGUUGUUUAGAACUCAUUUUCUUCACAAGAAGCCCUCAGCCUGACUCAAUUUCCCCUUGUGCUUGACAGCUGCCAUCUUCUCCUGGUUGCUCCAAGGCUUAUAACCUUAAAUUCAUUCUAGCCUAUCUCCUGCACCCUCAUCCUAUCACCAAGAUUUAUUACGUUUUUUUCUUUUAGUUCCAAUGACUGCAUUCAGAUUUUUUUUUUUUUCUUU